AUGACAGCCAUGAAACAGGAGCAGCAGCCCACCCCGGGGGCCAGGGCGAGCCAGGCGCAGCCGGCGGACCAGGAACUGGGAAGUAACAGCCCUCCACAGAGAAACUGGAAGGGAAUUGCUAUUGCUCUGCUGGUGAUUUUAGUUGUAUGCUCACUCAUCACUAUGUCAGUCAUCCUCUUAACCCCAGAUGAACUCACAAAUUCGUCAGAAACCAGAUUGUCUUUAGAAGACCUCUUUAGGAAAGACUUUGUGCUUCACGAUCCAGAGGCUCGAUGGAUCAAUGAUACAGAUGUGGUGUAUAAAAGCGAGAAUGGACAUGUCAUUAAACUGAAUAUAGAAACAAAUGCUACCACAUUAUUAUUGGAAAACACAACUUUUGUAACCUUCAAAGCAUCAAGACAUUCAGUUUCACCAGAUUUAAAAUAUGUCCUUCUGGCAUAUGAUGUCAAACAGAUUUUUCAUUAUUCAUAUACUGCUUCAUAUGUGAUUUACAACAUACACACUAGGGAAGUUUGGGAGUUAAAUCCUCCAGAAGUAGAGGACUCCGUCUUGCAGUACGCGGCCUGGGGUGUCCAAGGGCAGCAGCUGAUUUAUAUUUUUGAAAAUAAUAUCUACUAUCAACCUGAUAUAAAGAGCAGUUCAUUGCGACUGACAUCUUCAGGAAAAGAAGAAAUAAUUUUUAAUGGGAUUGCUGACUGGUUAUAUGAAGAGGAACUCCUGCAUUCUCACAUCGCCCACUGGUGGUCACCAGAUGGAGAAAGACUUGCCUUCCUGAUGAUAAAUGACUCCUUGGUACCCACCAUGGUUAUCCCUCGGUUUACUGGAGCAUUGUAUCCCAAAGGAAAGCAGUAUCCGUAUCCUAAGGCAGGUCAAGUGAAUCCAACAAUAAAAUUAUAUGUUGUAAACCUGUAUGGACCAACUCACACUUUGGAACUCAUGCCACCUGACAGCUUUAAAUCAAGAGAAUACUAUAUCACUAUGGUUAAAUGGGUAAGCAAUACCAAGACUGUGGUAAGAUGGUUAAACCGACCUCAGAAUAUCUCCAUCCUCACAGUCUGUGAGACCACUACUGGUGCUUGUACUAAAAAAUAUGAGAUGACAUCAGAUACGUGGCUCUCUAAGCAGAAUGAGGAGCCCGUAUUUUCUAGAGAUGGCAGCAAAUUCUUUAUGACAGUUCCUGUUAAGCAAGGGGGACGUGGAGAAUUUCACCACAUAGCUAUGUUCCUCAUUCAGGUAAGUGCUGGCUUUUUUCCAUGUUUUGAUUUCAUUGUCCUCAUGUCACUGAAGGCCCAGUUCUUGUGGCAUUCUAAACCUCUAGUUCAUGGCCGUGAAACCCAGCCAUAUAUACAACUCACAGACAUCUUAGGAAGAGGACCUCCAUCCAUAGCCAUACAUUCAAGCCUUACCUUCCCAAAAAACAGUCUCAACACUCAGUACAAUUUAAUGAGUUAG